GAGAGAAGCCAGGCCGCCAAGCAGCGAAUCAACCCAAAGGCGGAAGAAAGGGAAGCGUCGUCAUCGGUUCCUCAAACUCUCUCUCGCUACUCCGAAAACCCACCGACCGGCCGGGCUCGUUUGAACCUCUCGCCUACCCUCCACAACCAAACCAACCAACGAACCCCUUGUUCUACGGAUCUCGAGACUGCAACCAUGGCUGCUGCAGCUGCGCAUGAUACGCCUGAGGAGCCUCAGAGCGAUGGCUCCAAGCUCAAGACCUUUAUUGGUAUCCUGAAGAAGUUUAUCGGUGUCGCCGACCUUGCUGCCGUCCGCUUCUCUCUGCCAUCCCAACUCCUCGAGCCGACGCCGAACCUCGAAUACUGGAACUAUCUCGAUGCGCCCAACGCCUUCGUUGCCAUCGGUACCGCGGACGAACCCCUCGACCGUAUGCUCGAGGUCUGCAGGUUCUGGUUCACAAAAGAUCUGAAGUACGUCAAGGGAAAGCCUUGCAAACCAUACAACUCGUGUUUGGGAGAGUUCUUUAGGUGUAAUUGGGAAACCGAAGAUAAUGCCCCCAAGAUCAACACGACAGCCCUCGGCAGCGGCGCGGGUAGCAGCUCGUCAAGCUUCAAGUCGGCCAAGGCAGACAAGAACGCCUCGGCCGUCUCCCUAUCCGUCCCGCAACACGGCAGCACGACACCCGACAGCAAGCCCCUCCGUAUCUCAUACCUGACCGAGCAGACCUCCCACCACCCGCCCGUAAGCGCAUUCCACAUCAGCUGUCCCGAGCGGGGCCUCUCCGCCCGCGGCUUCGACCAGAUUACGGCAAAGUUCACGGGUACUAGUGUGCGCGUGUUGCCUGGUGAGCACAACCUCGGUAUUUUCGUCACGCUCGAGAAGCGUGGCGGCGAGACAUAUCGCCUCACUCACCCCGCCGCGCAUCUCGGUGGCAUCCUCAGGGGAAGCUUGAGCGUCAGCGUCAGUGAGAUGGCGUACAUUACGUGCCCGCAGACCAAGCUUAAGACGAUCCUGCACUACAUUGAGGCUGGGUGGCUCGGCCGCUCUACGAACCGCGUCGAGGGCAUCAUCUUCAAGUACGACCCCGAGAACGAUGACAAAGUCAACAUCAAGGACGUCCCGGAGGCCGACAUUGUCGCCCGUCUGAGCGGUCCGUGGCGCGAGAAGAUUGAGUUUACCCUCGGCCCCAAGCCAGUGAACUCUCACCCCGCCGAAGCCCGCUACACAAUCAUCGAUCUCGCACCCCUCAAUGUAGCGCCCAAGGUGCUGCCCCCGAAGGAGAAGCAACUCGAGAACGAGUCCCUGACGAUGUGGGGUGGCGUCACCGAAGCCAUCCACGCAAAGCAGUUCUCCAAGGCGACGCAGGUCAAGGUCGAGCUCGAGGAGCGGCAGCGAGAGCUGGCGCGUGAGCGCGAGCGCACGGGCGAGGUCUUCAAGCCCGCCUUCUUCGAGCAGGUGACGGACACGGGUGGCAAACCCGAGUUGACGGAUAAGGGUAGAGAGGUGCUCGCGAGGGCGCAGAAGGGGGAGUGGGACAUGAGCGAUAUCGUUGUUGUAGACGCUCCAGCUCAGGCUGCGGCUGCGGCUACGGCCCCUGCGGCUACGGAGAGCAAGUAA